ACCAAUCGCCGCUCACCAAGGCCACCUCAUCACCCAGCCACGUUACAUGACCAAUCGCCUGCGCCGUAGCGCGCACACCUACGUGUCGAGCCGUCUUCAUCCCUCCGACCGGAAAUCAACGGUGCGUUUGCUUCUCUCCUCCGGAAGGUUCUCGGCUUCUCGCAGGCGCGGCGACCGGCUUCAACCCCAACUCUUCUUCUUCUUCCUCGCAAACUUCGAACGGGACGAGAAGGAAGCGGACGCGAGAGGAGACUAACCGACCUCGGAUCCAUCGACGCGUGAAGAUGUCUUCGCCCGCCGAGUACUACAAAUCACUUCCACCUAUAAGCAAGGCAUAUGGGACAUUGUGUUUCUUUACCACCGUGCUAGUUCAGCUCCAGAUUUUGCACCCAUUAUUUCUUUACUUAGAUUACCCCUUGGUGUUCAAGAAGUUUGAGAUAUGGAGGCUAUUGACAAGUUUCUUUUUCCUGGCACCAUUUUCCAUGAAAUUUGGUAUUCGCCUUCUGAUGAUAGCAAGGUAUGGUGUCAUGUUGGAAAAGGGUGCAUUUGAUAAGCGGACUGCAGAUUUCUUAUGGAUGAUGAUAUUUGGUGCCAUCUCACUAUUGUCCUUUUAUCUUCCAUGGGCUAUGCUCUUAUUGGAUGUGAUAUUUGGGUCAUCAUUAAUGCCUGGACUUCUGGGUAUCAUGGUUGGACAUCUCUACUACUUCUUUGCAGUGUUGCACCCUCUUGCCACCGGGAAGAGCUACCUCAAGACUCCUAAAUGGGUACAUAAGAUUGUUGCUCGAUUCAGGAUAGGCAUGCAAGCGAACUCACCCGUCCGUCCACCAGCCAAUGGCAACAGCGGGUCUGGUGUGUUUAGAGGAAGAAGCUAUAGGCUCAAUCAAUAGAUUCACCCACCUCGUAAUGUGAUCCAUGGUCGGAGUGGCAAUGUAGAAGCAAAGACCAGAACGCAUAGUAGGGUCAAUCAAAAUUAAGGGUUACCCGUCAGAGAUUUUCUUAAAAAACCUGGACGGACGGAAUGGAGAACCCUUCCAUUUGCUCAUUUAGUUGCUAACAAUGUUCAUCGUCCAUGUUUACACAUGAAUAUAAUUCUGUAAUGACAAUUUGUGUACACUUAUGCUGGACUUAUUGUCGCCUCUUUUUAGCUAGGAUAAGAACAAAAGAUGAUGAGUUUGCUCAUGCUGGUGCUUUUGGUCCUUA